UUAAGAUGAAGCAUUUUAGAGAUGUGGUUUUGACAUUCACAUGUAUCUGGUUGGGCCUAAGUGCCAGUUGCUUGUCCCAGAUUCAGCCAAGACCACUGCCGGGGCAACAAGUACCAUGUUUCUUCAUAUUUGGUGACUCAUUGGUUGAUAAUGGAAACAACAAUGGGAUACUAACCCUUGCCAGGGCUAAUUACAGGCCUUAUGGCAUUGACUUCCCACAAGGUGCCACUGGCAGAUUCACCAAUGGUCGCACUUAUGUUGAUGCAUUAGCUCAGCUUAUGGGUUUUCCAACUUAUAUUCCUCCUUAUUCAAGAACUAGGGGUUUGGCACUAUUAAGAGGAGCCAAUUAUGCAUCUGGAGCAGCAGGCAUCAGAGAUGAAACAGGCAGUAACCUGGGGGCUCAUACAUCAAUGAAUGGGCAAGUGGCUAACUUUGGAUACACAGUGCAGCAGUUGAGGAGUUUCUUCAGAGGAGACAAUGAUGCGCUUAAUAGCUACCUAAAACAAUGUAUAUUCUAUUCAGGGAUGGGAAGCAAUGAUUACCUGAAUAACUAUUUUAUGCCAGACUUUUAUUCAACUAGCUCAAAUUAUACUACAACAGCUUUUGCAUCCAUCCUUCUUCAAGAUUAUGCUCGCCAGUUAGCUCAAUUAUAUUCACUAGGAGCACGAAAAGUGAUCGUUACAGCAGUUGGUCAAAUUGGCUGCAUACCAUAUCAACUAGCCCGUAUACAUGGUAACAACAGAUGCAAUGAGAAAAUCAACGAUGCCAUCUUGUUAUUUAACUCAGGUCUUAAGAGAAUGGUUCAGAAUUUCAAUGGAGGGCAGCUUCCAGGAGCAAAGUUUGUAUUUGUUGAUUCUUAUCAAAGCAGCCAAGAUUUAUCUUCAAAUGGAACCUCAUCUGGUUUUGAUGUUAUAGACAAGGGAUGCUGUGGGGUUGGCAGGAACAAUGGGCAAAUUACUUGCCUUCCUCUGCAACAACCAUGUCAAGAUCGUGGCAAGUACUUGUUCUGGGAUGCUUUCCACCCCACUGAGUUGGCUAAUAUCUUACUGGCUAAGGCUACGUACAGUUCGCAAUCAUAUACUUCUCCCAUUAAUAUUCAACAAUUGGCAAUGCUGUAAAAAGAAGUUGAGCUAUAUGCUUAAUUUUGUGUGUUUGUGUGGUGUUUAUGCAGUGCAAUUUGUUGAUUGAUCAUAAUAUUCAUGAUCUUGUCUAGUAAGAAUAUGCUCUUGUUGCUUAAGUCAUUUGAUUUCCUUUGUACACCUAUGAUCCCAUUGUGUAGGAAC